AUGAGCCGACAUAGUCCCCUUUCGUUAUUUGCAUCCUUGGAUCAUGAAACUCACAAACUGACCAAAAACACGAACCAACAAGUUACCGUUUCUACAGCAGGUAUCAGAGCACUAAUCUACCAACUACAGGCAUUGUACCUCAGAACACCAGUCAAGCUCUUUCGGCCCUCGAGAUUCGACUACUUGGCCUAUGUUAGAGAGCUUGCCAACAAGCAUGAUAAUAUCUUACAGAAACCAUACAGCAUCCGCACACACUCAUCCAUUGGAAUGCUUAUAAACGUGAUCAAGAAAGAGGGCUGGAAGUUCAUCCCAGAAAAGGUAUUGCCACCAUUAAUUGCCAAUUCCGCCACUGGAUUAAUUUUGUACGGUACUUAUUUGGCUGCUCUCGAUAAUUACGACCAAGCCCACGAGAAAGAAUCCAAGCACAGCUUCUACUACACUCCAUUGGAUACGUGGAAAGCGGGAUUCAUUGCAGGUGCUGCUCAAUCAUUGGCUGCUGCUCCGGUCGAUGCCAUAUAUACAAGACUGAAUGCAGCAGAAAUGUUAAAUGGGGAACACCAAAACCUCUGGAUAUAUGGAUUGAAGAAGCUUAAAGAAGUGGGUUUGGUUGGGGUGUUUGCGGGAUAUGGGUUUUCAUUAAUAAAGGAGAGUCUCGGGUUUGCAUUCUACUUUUCAACAUUCGAAGUAGUCAAGACGCAAGGUUAUAACUUAACGUACAGAAUGAUCACUACCUAUCGAAGAAUGAAGAACAAUAUAAGGAAGAAGCUACUGUUUUUAUCCAGUGAAACUGAAGCUGAAAUAGAUGAAAGAUUGGUACGAUUGGAACAAACCCGACUGACCAAGAUUUUGAAAUCGUCGUUUAUUUUGUUGGCAGGUGCAUCUGCAGCCUUCUCGUUGUUGGCAGUGCAGUAUCCUCUCACAAAGAUACAGAAGAUCCAUCUUUCCAGACUAGAAGCGCUUGAUAUCUACAAUUCAUCCCACACACAGACAAGACCCCUCAUAAAAUUGUACUAUAACUCAUACAUUGAUACCUAUAAUCAGGUAAUCAAAUUAAAAACCAAAUCCAAAUUGACUUGGUUUGACAUUGCAUACAAAGGAUUUGUGAGAAAUGCGUUGACGGCAAUUCCAGCCACAUCCGUUGGACUUUUGGUUUUCGAAAUCAUGAGAACCAAACUAGCAGAUAACUUUGACGAAGAAGCGUUCUCUUCGUGA